AAAAUCAAAAGAAAGCAGCUCAGGCACACGCCUCUGCACACGCCUCGUUUACCUCGAUGCAAAGCAGCACCGUGAAGUUAAAAAUCAAACUGGCUCAAAGUAAUUUAUAUUUACCAGACAAGUUAAGAAAAGUCAUCAAACUGCUGUCAAAAGAAGAGCCUGAUCGUGAAGACCCUUCUCUGGAUAGUUUGUAAAGGAAGAGUUUUGAAACAUAUUUGCAAGCUUGAGCUGUAGCUCCACGCCCACUCUUCAAUACUAGGCCCCCGACAGAUGCAGUCUCCUAAUAUGUCAAAUGAAAGCAACAUUAACUGUGAUAUUGAUCACAACAUUCACCAGUAUUUGUUUCCUGGGGUAUAUAUUAUUGUUCUGGCAAUAGGGCUGCCCGCAAACAUCUUUUCCUUGCAUCACGGCUGGCAGCAAUGGAAAAACAAGAACGAGCUUGGAAUCUACUUGAUCAACUUGACAGUGUCCGAUUUGCUAUACCUGGCUUCGUUGCCUUUGUGGCUGCAGUACAUCUUUCUGGGUGAUGACUGGAAGCACCAGGAGUGGCUAUGCAAAGUUUGUGGAUUUCUCCUCUACGAGAACAUCUAUAUCAGCAUUGGUUUCAUGUGCUGCAUCUCUGUUGACAGGUACAUAGCUGUGGUAUACCCCUUCCAGUUCCACUGGUUGAGAAGCACGAGAGCAGCUGUGCUGGUAAGCGUUUUCAUCUGGCUCAAAGAGAUCGGGGUCAGCAUUAGUUUCUUUAUAAACAAGGAACUAGGCCAAGACCAAAACAACCACUCCAUUUGCUUUGAGCAUUACCCCAUGAGAGACUGGGAGCGCAAGGUGAAUUACUACCGCUUUUUCAUUGGAUACCUGUUCCCCUUAUGCAUCCUCACAAUUUCUUACUUCAGAGUCCUGAGGGCAGUUGCUAAGAGCACUGGCACUCUGACCUCGCAGAAAGUCCACAUCAGAAGUUUAGUUUCCGGCACAAUUUUGAUUUUCUUGCUUUGCUUCUCUCCGUAUCACUUUUUUUUGUUGGUCCGGACCAUUUUGGAGCAAGAGUGCUCAUUUGUUAAAAAGAUCUUUAACUUCUACCACGCCUCCCUUCUGUUGACCAGCUUCAACUGUAGCGCUGACCCAAUGCUGUAUUGCUUUGCCAGCGAGAACAACCAGAAAAGGGUACUGAGGAUGAAAAACUAUUGCAUGCAGCUUCUCUGUUAUAAAAAGGCAGAGAAUAUGGACUCGACAGAAAAUAACAUACCAGAUCAGAAUGGAUCUGUUUUGGUAUUCCUACCAGUUAAAGAAGAUGCUUACGGAGGUUCAGCAGAUCUUAAGUUUUAAAUUUGCUGAACAAAACAGGGACAAGCUACUUGUGAGAAAGAGCAUCUUUAUACCCAGGAACAGGAAAGCACUCC